UGCGGCGCCGCUCGCUCCGCUCCGCUCCGCGCCCGCCCGCGCAGCCCGCACACUCACACUGCUUGGUUGCUGCCGGGUGACGCGGGCUGGGCCCGCCCCCCGCCUGCCGGCCCCCGGCACUCACUAGCCGGCCGCCGCCGUGCAGGCAGCAGCCACAUCAGGACCGUCCGGGGGCGCCGCCGGCGAUGCCCUCAGCCCUCGCCGCGCCCAGCCGGGCCUGCUGAGCCGCACCCCCUCCCACCCCCAACCCCGGGCCGGGGCCGCGCCGGGCCGGGGCCGGGCCGCGCCCGGGUGGGGCCGUGCUGCCUGCAUGACACUCCGGCGGCGCGGGGAGAAGGCGACCAUCAGCAUCCAGGAGCAUAUGGCCAUCGACGUGUGCCCCGGCCCAAUCCGGCCCAUCAAGCAAAUAUCCGAUUACUUCCCCCGCUUCCCGCGGGGCCUGCCCCCGGACGCCGGGCCCCGCGCCGCUGCGCCCCCGGACGCCCCCGCGCGCCCCGCCGCGGCCAGCGCGGGCCGCCGAAGCCCCUCCGACGGCGCCCGCGACGACGACGAGGAUGUCGACCAGCUCUUCGGAGCCUACGGCGCCAGCCCGGGCCUCAGCCCCGGCCCCAGCCCCGCGCGGCCGCCCGCCAAGCCGCCCGAGGACGAGCCCGACGCCGACGGGUACGAGUCCGACGACUGCACUGCCCUGGGCACGCUGGAUUUCAGCCUCCUCUAUGACCAGGAGAACAACGCCCUCCACUGCACUAUCAGCAAGGCCAAGGGCCUGAAGCCGAUGGACCACAACGGGCUGGCAGACCCCUACGUCAAGCUGCACCUGCUGCCAGGAGCCAGUAAGGCAAAUAAACUCAGAACGAAAACUCUCCGAAAUACUUUGAACCCCACGUGGAAUGAGACCCUCACUUACUACGGGAUCACGGACGAAGACAUGAUUCGAAAGACCCUGCGGAUCUCUGUGUGCGAUGAGGACAAAUUCCGUCACAACGAGUUCAUCGGGGAGACGCGUGUGCCCCUGAAGAAGCUGAAAGCCAACCACACCAAGACGUUCAGCAUCUGCCUGGAGAAGCAGCUGCCGGUGGACAAGACUGAAGACAAGUCCCUGGAGGAACGGGGUCGGAUCCUGAUCUCCCUCAAGUACAGCUCACAGAAGCAGGGCCUGCUGGUUGGCAUUGUGCGCUGCGCCCACCUGGCUGCCAUGGAUGCCAACGGCUACUCGGACCCCUAUGUGAAGACAUACCUGAAGCCAGAUGUGGAUAAGAAAUCUAAACAUAAGACAGCAGUAAAGAAGAAGACCCUGAACCCUGAAUUCAAUGAGGAAUUCUGUUAUGAGAUUAAGCAUGGGGACCUGGCCAAGAAGACCCUGGAAGUCACGGUUUGGGAUUAUGACAUUGGAAAAUCCAACGAUUUCAUUGGCGGCGUGGUCCUGGGCAUCAACGCUAAGGGUGAGCGCCUGAAGCACUGGUUUGACUGCCUGAAAAACAAGGACAAGCGGAUAGAGCGCUGGCACACGCUCACCAACGAGCUCCCAGGGGCUGUGCUCAGCGACUGACCAGCCCCCACCUGCUGCCGCACCCACCCCUGCCUGUCUCCUGGCCCAGCACCAGCCUGGCCCUGGGCCUCCUCAGCUGCCACCAAGGGCCUCGGCCCUCAUCUCGGGGGAGAGCCGGGGUGCCUGCUCGGACACUGAGCCACUGCGGCCCCUGCUUGGAGGCUGUGGAGGGCUCAGCCACUCCUAGGGACAGCAAGGCCAGAGAGCUGGGCCUGCUUUUGGCCCCCACCCCAGGGAAGGGAAUGGGGUCAUCCAGGUGGUGAGGGCCUUACUGGAGGUCAGCAGUAAGUCACGGGGACCCCAGGCUGAGAGAACAGGAGUGCAGGGGCGCUUUGGCAGGGCCAAUGAGAACUCCCGAGAGAGACAUUAGGGAGAGGGGCAUGCGGGGGAAGGAGAUUUGGGAAAUCAUUCCCAAAAGGAGGUUCUUACUACAUCUGUUCAUCUCUGGCAUUACUGGGCAGGUGGGAAAAAGCUGACCCAAGAGCAGGGAGUAUGGUAAAGUUCCAACUUUACUGAACAUGGGCAACUGGCAAGCACUUCACUCAAUGAUGCAACAACCCAUUGGAGAUGAAUGAGACCCAGGGCCUGCCUCUGAGUUCCUUGUCUAAUCAAGGAGCUAAAAACAAACCACUACAAUGGGGAAUGAGGAAUACCAAGGCCAGGCUGACAUACCUGUGAGUGCCAUGGACUCUGACCCUUCUGAGAGGCAGGGAGGGCUUCCCCGAGGAGGUGAUGCUUCAGCAAGGUCUUGAAGGGUGAGUGGAGCUUCUGGGCAGCCGAAGUAUAAUGGCAAUGUGUGCCGUGGGAAUGAUCUGUAAAAGCCUAGACAGGAGAGGCUGGUGAAUGGGCUAGGGUCAUUGUGCAAGACCUGGGGACUCACGCUGGAGACAGUGUGUUAGGACAGGAGUGGGGCUUAGAGGUAACAUCACCCACCCCUGCCUGCCAGGCCAGCCCCAGCUCAUAGCUUUGGAGGAACUGAGGGAAGCACUGUGGUGAAACUGAUCUUGGGGCAUGGUUAAGUUCAGUCUUCAGACCCAAUUCUCCCACCUUUAAUCUUGCUCCUCCCAAGGAACCUGGAGGAUGGAUUCUGCCUCUCAGCUUAAGCAUGAGGUCAGCUGUAAUCAAGAAAAGGGUCCCCAGCCCCCCCUUUUUUUUUCAUGAAAAGAAGCAAAAAGUCCUCAUCUUGACCCUCUUCUUCCUUUCACCCACCCCCCACAUCUGAGUUCAGGCCUGGGGAGUGAGAAAUCCGGGUGAAUGCCCACAUAUCCUGGCCUUAUUGUGGCCCCUGAUGUCCCUUUCAGGAGUGCUGGGUGGCAGUCCAGGGCCUCCUUUCUGAGAGGCCUAUGAGGCUGGCUCCUCGCUCCAAGAGCUGAGAGAAACACCCUGCUUGGUGGGCCUGGCACCCUGAGUCAGAUUGAGGGCAUCAGAAUUUGGGGGCCAAGAUGUGAAGUCCCAAGUUUUUCCUGCCUACCAAGGGGCCUUCAAGACUGCUGUAUGAACAAAUGCAGAACCAGGGAAUUUCUUUGUUUGCCCCAGCACUGCACUAACAGAAAACAGAGCCCCAGAGAGGGAAAGUGACCUUCCUGAGUGAGGCCUCCAACCCUGCCACAGCUGGGGUAGGCCAGGCUUCCAGGUCCCUGCCUCACCCCCAGCCCAGAGCUCUGGACACCAUGCUUCAAGCAAAGGAGGGUGCUGGGCUCCUGCACCAGAGGUCUGUCCUGUUAGCUGCCUGCCUGGGGCUCAGCCCUGCCUGCUGCAGACACAAAGCACAUCACCAUCUGAGGCCUAGGGUGAUGAUUCAAAUCCCACCAAGUGCCCAUCAGCCCUUUCCCAGUCUGCUGGGACAACAGCACUCCAGCCCCCACACCGCACUUGGCAACUUGGCUGGCCACAGAGCCUUGGUUUUCCUGUCCUUGAGGCGGCUUUGUGUAUGUUAAGGGUUUUACAUGCACUGUCUUAAUGAAUUUUUCACAAUUCUAGGAGGUGGGUUUGUCCUCAUUUGGCAGAUGAAGAAACAGAUUCAGAGAGGCUGAGUAGUUUGUCAAUGUCACACAGUGGGGAAAGGGCAAACCAGGCCUCAGCCCAGGUCCUGUGACUGCCACACCCUCUGGUUGUCUGGGAGAUCAUACUCCCCAGUCCUCUCUCUCCUGGGCUGUGGAGGGCUCAGCAAACAGAAGACUUGGGAAGCUCUGAUGAAGGGGAUGCCUGAUGAGAGCUGCCUCAUCCCCUAGAUGGCUGUGAAAUCACUGAUCCACUUGGAGCUUUCUCAGAGGUCCCCACUGUCCAGGCCCAGAACUCAGCUAUCCCUCCCUAACCUCUGCGUCUGUGGGUCAGGCCUUCCUCUUCCUGGGGGUUGAGGCAAGGGCUCCUCUUUUCUCCACAAUGCCAGAAUGGGGGGAACCUCUGGGGGACUAAGAAAAGAGACAGCUUAUUUUUGAGGGACCUCCUGGCUGUGAGCCCCUGGAUACCUGCUAGCUUUGCCUCUUGGAGGGCCUCAUUAGGAAAGGAGCUGCAGUGCUGCUUUGGGAAGAUACUGAAAUGUUGAAUGACAAGGCUAGAAGGGACCAUGAGUCUACCAGGGAAACUGGGGCCCAGAGAGUGUAAGAAGCCCAUUUAGGGCUCCCUACUGCCCACCCCAGGCUGUGCCAGGGUAGACUUGUUCCUGCAAGAUGGUCCCAGGAGACCACAGGGACAGGAUGGAAGAUGGGUCUUCUGAACAACCAGCCUAAGUGGAGGGUGGGGCAUUUAGAGAGGAGCACCCCCCCCCACCCCCGCACCCCCCAGGGAGUGAGGGAAUCUUCACCAGGACUCUGGCACUGCUCCUGACCCCUUGCAGAUUGUAUUUCUUUUAAAGCUCUUUUGGAAGCUCCAGUCAUCAGCUCUGCCUUUGACCUCAAACUGGCAUCUUUUCUUUGGUCUGUCAGCCCCACACAAAGACGGGAUCGUUGAUGCCUCUCCCCACCCCCCAGGAAAAAGUGAUCCCAAAGUCUGGUGUCCCUCACCAGGAAGUCGCCCGACGGCACGCUGCAUCCUCCUCCAACCCCGCCUCCCACCGCCACACUAGCCAAUCCCUGACGGGCCCAUCUUCCACCCUGAAGCGGUAACCUCCUGACCCCUAGCGGCGAGAGCGAGGAACUGCCCCUCCCGGCCCGUGCAUGUCCCACCGUUUUCUUCCCAAACCGAGACAACCUCCCGAUGCAUGGACUCUGGCUGUCGUCGACGCAGACUCGUGCACUGCUUAACACCGUUUUGCUACCAUGUGGCGGCUGCAGAAAACGUCCUUAAACUGAAGCCCCACACACAAUUUUUGUACUUUUCAUCUGACCUCGAGGUGUCCUUUUUAAGUUUUAUUUGUUAAUAUUUAUAAUGACCUAUAAUUCAAAAGUAAAUGAAAACGUUCACUGCAA